UUGUUGACCAGAUUAAGUACCGAAAGCAAGAUAUUAGCAUUAAUCAAUAACAGCACGGUUAAGGUUAUGAUCAGAUUAUUACAAUGCAUUAAAUCUAUGGUAGAGUCACUACCUUUCAUAACUCAAAAAAAAAAAGGACAUCAAGAAUGGCUCAAUGCCAGUUGCUAUACUGAUACAGACAUUGAUGUCUAUCAAAACCAGCCAGAUGGUUGCGCUGAAAACGAUCAUAAAGUUAUUGGCUAUUUUGAAGUCAAACCAAUCAAGCAUGCAAAAAAACCACAAAAAAAUUAA